AUGUCGCUGUUCCGCAAGGCCCAGUCGGCGGUGGCUCACAAUUCCAUGAUCCCGUCGCUGGGAAAUAAUGACUUGAAGCUUUUGCAGGAUUUGAUACAUGCUGAGAAGAGUUUUGUCGCAUCGAAUGCCAAGACAGCCAACGAGCUCAAGUACACAUGUGACGCGCUGCGUGCCUGGGGCAGUAACGAGGGCGAUGACCUCGAGGACAUUCUUCCGAAGGUAGCGUUGCUGUUUGAGCAUCUCAGUCGUGCUGAGAACCGCUACAACUAUUAUGUCUCGACCAUGCGUCUACAUCUCAAAUCGAUUCGCUCCCGAGAGGAGAAGUUUGCCGAGUUCAAGGCCCGUCGUCGCGCGCUUGUGACCAAGAUCGACGGCAUGGAGCGCAAGCUGGCUAGAAUGGGUCCAGAGAACAAGGACCUUGCUAAGGUGACGAGCAGUCUGCGUGAGCUGCGCAGCGAUAUGGACGUGCUCAACAAUGAGAUUGCGCAUGAGUAUGCGACACUCGGCGACUACAAACGCCGUGCCAUUGUCGAGGCUCUCCACCUCAAGAGCAGCGGUCUCAUGGAGCUCGCAGAGAAGGCUAUCGUCAUUGCCGAGUCAACACGGCGUCUAGCCGACGAAGUGCCUCUGACACCGACCAACCCGAACGAGGAGCGCGCUCCGUACCGCAAUGAAGCUCGCACAAACCGCGUGCUCUCAGAAGCAGUGCGCCAGUUAGACCAUAUCCGCUUUGAGCCGCAUGAUGCACCACUCGCUGUCGAUCCUACGGAGCCGUCCCCAUCGUCGCCCAUGCCGACCCACCCUCGCUACGACAUGCCAGAGGCGAAUGAGACCGCAGCUGUAGUCGACACGAACGGCCAGCGCGUUGCCGUCAUACAGGACACAGAGCGUGGCAGUCAGGGAUGGGUCGCACCGCCCGAGGCCGACAUAUCAGCAGAGACGACCUUCCCCCAGGCAACGUGGAGCAGGCCUCCCACGAUGGGCCUGGCCACCGUGCCAGAGAGCAUAGACGGCGUGGACGAAGUGCAGGAGGCAGAGGGAGUGCGUGCUCCGGAGCAGGUGAUUAUGCCCCCAGAACCGUCAUACUAUGGAUACCACGAGCCGCCGCCCGCGGACGAGCGCGAUACCUCGGGCAUGCAGAGAAUGCUGACCGACUCGGGUCUGAACCAUGUCAGUGAUGCCAUUCCCUCCUUCCCGCCCAUGCCAGCCCCACACCCGCCUCCUCCCGCGGGCCCGACGUCGUCUGUGUACACGUACGACCGCAUGCCGACGCACGCUGCGCCGCAGGCGGAUGCCUACGCGGCCUAUCCACAAGUGCCAAAUGCCUAUGUGGCCGAGUCAACGUACCAGGCGCCUCUGACCAACGGGGCAUCCAUGCAGCCAAUGCCUGCCAUGUCCCCCCACGACGCGGAGUCGUACUCUCAGCCCACGCCGUCUGCCACGUAUGCGCCCGUGGCCCGAUCAGAGCCCAUGGUGACACAGCCUCAGUCAGCCACGGGAGCUGCGCCGUCGCUUUCGCCAAGUGUGUACCAAGCACCCUUUGCGCAGGCAGCAUACCAAGCACCUCCUCCAUCGUACCUGCAGCAGAAUGCGCCCUCGGGAUAUGUGCUGCCGCCGCCGUCGCAUACGGGUGCGUCGGUCAUAGCGCCGCCAUCGCCACGCUAUCCUUCUAUGUAG